GAGGCGGAGGCAGUGAUUGGAGGGCAGGCUGGAAUUAUAAGGGGAGGGAGAAUCGGACCGAAGCUUCCCCGAAAGAGCAGCCUCAGCCUCGGAUCAGUGGAGCCAGCUCGUUCAACAUGCAUCCAGCAGCAGGACGCACAGCUCGGCAGUGAGUGUCUGAUCCGGGGACGGUGUGCGGAACUCAGGCGGAGUUCAGCUUCUCUGGAGGAUUUUUUAUUUUUUAUUUGAUUAAGAGGAAUAUUUUUUAUUUUUUUUUGCACCGACAUGGAGUACACAUCAUCCCCGAAACCGCAGCUCUCAUCCCGGGCAAAUGCUUUCUCCAUAGCCGCCCUGAUGUCCAGUGGGAAGUCCAGCAAGGACAAAGAGGCGGAGGAGAACACCAUCAAGCCUCUCGAGCAGUUCGUGGAGAAGUCCUCCUGUAACCAGCAGCAGUCUCAGUCUCUGGCGGACCUGUCCUCCCUGGACGGGCACGGGGACUUCAGCGGGAGCGCGCCCGCGGUGUGCACGGAGCCCCUCAUCCCCACCAAUCCCGGCGUGCCUAGCGAGGAGAUGGCGAAGAUCUCGUGCAGCUUGGAGACCAAAGAGCUGUGGGACAAAUUCCACGAGCUCGGCACCGAGAUGAUCAUCACCAAGUCCGGACGGAGGAUGUUUCCCACCAUCCGGGUCUCUUUCUCCGGAGUGGACCAGGACUCCAAGUACAUCGUGCUGAUGGACAUCGUCCCGGUGGAUAACAAGCGGUACCGGUACGCCUAUCACCGCUCCUCGUGGCUGGUGGCCGGCAAGGCGGACCCUCCUCUGCCCGCCAGGUUGUACGUCCACCCGGACUCGCCGUUCACCGGAGAGCAGCUCGUGAAGCAGAUGGUCUCCUUCGAGAAGGUCAAGCUGACCAACAACGAGCUGGACCAGCACGGACACAUUGUUUUACAUUCCAUGCACAAGUACCAGCCCCGGGUCCACAUCAUCAAGAAGAGGAACCACACGGCCUCGCUGCUCAACCUCAAGUCCGAGAGCCGCACCUUCGUGUUCGUGGAGACCGUCUUCACCGCCGUCACGGCCUAUCAGAACCAGCUGAUCACCAAACUGAAGAUCGACAGCAACCCGUUCGCCAAAGGUUUCCGGGACUCGUCGCGGCUCACCGACAUGGAGAGGGAAAGUGUCGAGAAUCUGAUCCACAAGCACUCGUACGCCCGGUCGCCCAUCCGGACCUACGCCGGUGACGAGGAGAACCUGAGCGAGGACGGACACUCUGCGCACGCCCGGGGCUCGGCCUUCACCGCCUCCGACAACCUCUCCCUGAGCUCCUGGGUCACCACCACUUCGGGCUUCUCGGGCUUCCAGCACCCGCAGUCCCUGUCGGCCAUGGGCACCAGCACGGCCUCCCUGCCUCACCCCAUCCAGGGCUCCCUGCCCCCCUACAGCCGGCUGGGCAUGCCGCUGACGCCCGGCGCUCUGGCUGGAACCAUGCAGGGCAGCGGGCCGUCCUUCCCGUCCUUCCACAUGCCGCGCUACCACCAUUACUUCCAGCAGGGGCCUUACGCCGCCAUCCAGGGACUGCGCCACUCCUCCACGGUCAUGACGCCCUUUGUAUGACUCCGUCCCGAUGGAGGAGGCGGAAGCCGGUCCUCGCUCUGACAUCCUCAUCCUCAGUCCAGUGCAACCUGCUACUCCUCCACUGCGGCUCAUCACUCCUCAUCCUGUUUGUCUGUCUCCGGCCUGGUCUUUGUAAAUAGUUCACCUGCAGUGAGGUGGAGGAUGAUCAGAGUCAGCAGGUCCUGCGGUUUCUACGAACACUUUACUGACAUUGUACAAACACUUCGAACCUCAACGCGAACUAUAAACCCGAAAGAAAGACGAGAAGAAGGAGCAUGCUCGGUCUUGGAUCCUCGACCCUCGAGGUGUAGCGGUCCGUCCUGACUCCGGGGUCUCCGCCCGAGUCUGUGAACGUUUCAUCCAUCUCAGCUUUCCUCUGUUUUCUAAAGGCAGCCAUGUGUACAGCUCAGUGUUAAAGUUCAUUGUACAAAAGGAAACAUUUACUCACUGUAGAGUGCAA